AUGUUUUCAGUGGAGAUCAAGAUGAGAUCGAAGGUCCCCGGGGUUAUGAUCUCCCAGUUUGUUGAGACACUGCCAGAGGGAAGGAGCCACCCAGACUUCACCCGCAAGCCCAUUGCCCUGACCAUCCAGGAAGGCAAACUGGCAUUUUUUAAAGCCAUUGUCAUUGGAGACCCGAAGCCAUCUAUAACAUGGAGCAGAAAUAAUGGAGAUGUGUCCGAUACUUCGAGAUAUCAAGCCAAAUACGACCCAAAUUCUAAUGAACAUACUUUUGAGAUGCCAAAUGUUUCAUCUGACCAAGCAGACAUGUAUAAAUGCUUUGCCACAAAUGAGUACGGAAGAGCAAUGGUCACAGUUAUGCUCAAUGUUAUCGAAGUUCUCUAUAAAAAAGGCAGAGCCCAGCAACAAGCAGAAGCUCCAGAUAUCGAUUUUAAAGCUAUACUUGCAAAGAGGAGAAGUAAAGUUCGUCCUAAAUCCGAGCAACCUGAGAGAAAAAAGGGAGAGCUAGACCCUAAAUUCUGGGAGAUCUUACUUAGUGCUGACAAAAAAGACUAUGAGAGAAUCUGUGCAGAGUUUGGAGUCACAGACUUCCGCUGGAUGCUUAAGAAACUCAACGAGAUGAAGAAGGAAAGGCAGGAAGAACAAGCAGAGUUCAUCAAAAGCCUGUCUAACCUGAAACAAAUGAGCAUGAAGGCAGAUAACACUGCUUCCUUUGAACUUGACAUGGAUCUCAUUGACCCAAAUAGCAGAAUAUUUCUGUACAAGGAUGGUGAGAUGAUUCAAUACACAAGGGAUGUGGGAGGAGAAAUGAAGCACAGCCUUGAGGAAGUGGGGAAGAAGUAUACAUUUAACAUUAAAGGCCUUUUACCAGAUGAUGCAGGACUAUACCAGUUGGAUGUUGAAGAUGUGAACAUAUUCUCCACUGACUUCAAAAUUCCCAUGGUGGAUUUCUUGGUCAAAAUCCAGGAGGUGAAGGCAAUGGAGAGAGAAGAUGCUGUGUUUGAGUGUGUGCUUUCAAACCCUUUCUCCAAGAUCUUGUGGUUUGGCAAGAAUUUGCCCCUGGAACAAGGGGAUAAGUAUGACAUUGAGGUUUCAGAAGACAAGCUCAUUCACAAGCUGGUGAUCAAAGAUUGCUUGGUAGUGGACAAAGGAAUUUACUCUGCUUGUGCAGGAAUAAAAUCUUGCAAUGCAUGGCUCAUUGUUGAAGCUGACAAAGAUGCGCAAAAAGGCAAAAAGACAGCAAGAAAAGCUACAAAGGCAGGGGGAUCUGGAGUAGAACUGCAAAAAAUUGCCCAAGAGCAACAUAUGAAACUGGAAAAGGAAAGAGAGGAAAGGAAAGCGCAGAUAAACGCUGCAAAAGAAACGGCUUCUGCUGCAGCACCACCGUCAACUCCUGAAGGUGAUGCUGCACGAGCAGUACCCCCCUCAACCACUGGAGGUAGCACUGCACCUGCAGUGCCCCCUUCAACCACUGGAGGUGGCACUUCAACUUCUGGAGUUACUGCAGCUGCUCCUGCAACUGGAGGAGCCCCCAGUGAAUCUGCAACUGCACCCAAAGCACCUAAGGACACCGGACAAGAACAUGGAAUUGCCUGUGGACUCUCUGAUACAUACGCUAUUCGUGGCCAGCCAGAUGAACUCACUGUUAAGAUGAACUCCCAUUGUGAUGGAGACUGGUUCAAGGAUGGAGAGCCGUUAACCUCCAAAGACGGACGCAGCAUAGCCAAAGAUGGAAAUGUUCACAAGCUGACAAUUGAGAGCUGUGCAUAUGAUGACGCUGGACUGUAUCGGUUUGUGUCAGGGGAACACAGCACAGAAGGAAAUGUCACAGUUGGAGAUGUGCCGGAGUUUGACCCUGAUGAUCUUCACAAGUUCUCGAAACCUGUGAUUGUAAGGGUGGGCCAAAAUGCCACUUUCAAGAUGCCCUUCUCACCUCAGGAGUCUUUGGUGAUCAAGUGGUUUAAGGAUGGUGCUGAAGUGAAGGACGGUGGAGGAGUUAAAAUUGUGAAGGAGCAAAACCUCUGCCGAUUACUGUUCAGAGACUGCCUGCGGACAGACACGGGAGAAAUCAAGAUCCAACUCAAAAACCCAUUUGGCGCUGUGGAGGCCACAUCUCAACUAAUUGUCAUUGAUAGACCAGGUCCCCCUGAUGGACCAGUGGAGAUUGUGGAAACCUCCUCUUCUAUGAUUGAAAUGAAGUGGAACCCUCCUAAAGACGACGGUGGUUCUGCUGUCACCAAUUAUAUCAUAGAGAGAAAGCAGGCAGGUCAGAGCCUGUGGACAAAGCUUGGGGACGUCUCAGCUGACAAGACCACCUUUAGAGACAGGAAUGUGGCUCACACCAAGAAAUACAACUACCGAAUCUACGCCCAAAAUCCCGAGGGUCUGAGUGACGCACUUGAGACAGCAGAAAGCAUUAUGGCAGGCAUAAUGAUACUCUCUGGUCCACCUGGAGCCCCCAAGAUAGCCAGUACAUCUAAGACCUGCAUCAACUUAACCUGGACCCCUCCAGUGGAUGACAAAGGCAUACCAAUUAUUGGUUACCAGGUGGAGAAACGCAAGAAGGACACAAAUCAGUGGAUCGCCUUGAACACAGUGAAUGAGCCGAUUGAAGGUGAAAACUAUGCGGUUAAAGCUGUCACUGAAGGAGCAGAAUAUGAAUUCAGGAUUUCAGGCAUCAAUGAGUCCGGUGCUGGUGAGCCAAGCCCCCCAUCAGAGAUGGUGUGUGCAAAGAAUCCUAACAUGAGACCAUGUUUUAGAAAUCCAGAGGACUUCAUUGUUGUAAGGGCGGGAAAUUCUCUGCGUGUCAAAAUAAAUUUUGAGGCCGAGCCGCAACCACACAUCACUUGGCUUAAGGACGAUGAACCCUUGUCUCCCUGGAUAAAUGUAAUCAAUACAGAAGGAAUGUCUCAGCUUGUUAUUCCCUCGUCGCAACGCAGUGAUUCAGCCAUCUACACUAUCAAGGCGAAAAACUCUGUUGGCGAAGCUUCCUUUGACAUUGAAGUGAGAGUCACAGAUGAACCCAAGCCACCUGGGCCAGUGGAGCUGGAGCAGACAGUUCAUGGAAAAGUAGAGGUGUCCUGGGCCCCGUCUCCAGAUCAAGAGCUGGACGACCGUCUGUACUAUGUGGUGGCUGAAUGUGACUCCAACACCAGGGUGUGGAAAAAUAUUGCAGAUCGUCUGUUCAGCAAUACAUACACAGUCAACAUUCUACCUGGGAGAGAAUACCACUUUCGUGUCUAUGCGAAGAAUGACAUGGGCCUUUCAGAUCCAUCUGACUCACCUACAUGGGGUAUAAAUAGCAACAAAGUGAUGUCAGAUGGAUCUAAACAAAUGGAUGUCAAAUUUGAGAGGCCACCAUCUAUCUUGGUCCCUCUGAAAGUUCACACACCACCUAAGGGGUAUCAGCUCUACAUGACUUGUGCAGUGCGGGGAUGCCCCACCCCAACUGUAACCUGGUACCUGAAUGACAUUUGCAUCAACUGGGACAAGAACUACUACAUCACCAACUCAUACGGCAUCUGCUCCAUGUACAUCCUUAGAGUUCGGUCCAAGGACAGUGGCGUGUACAAAGUUGUUGCUGUUAACUCCUUUGGCAAGGCAGAGUGCUCCACUAAACUUGUGGUUAGAGAUUGA